AUGGUCCGUCGUGAUAACGAUAGCAGUAGCGGUCUCUCCAAUGCCAUGCUCGACCUCAUGAUUUCGCUCCUUGUCCUUAUCCUGGUGGCUCUCGCCCUGGUCGGUGGUCUGCUCGUCCUCCGCCGCAAGCGCCAGAAGAAGGACUCCGUGCUACCCGUCCACAACGGCCAAAUUCCCACCAGCCAGCGCCGGUUAACAAUUACCGCCAACAAGCACGACUCAGUCCUCGUCUAUGAUGAAAAGCGCGCUCUGAUGGAGAACUCCGACAGCCCACCACCAAGUCCCGUCCCUGAGAUCCGCAUCACCUUCCCGGAGGAGGAGGACGAGUCUGGCAGGCGCAGGUCUGGCCGCAUGGUCGUCGUGCGCAUCAGUGAGGCCGGCAGCGUGGGCCUGGAACCCUGCCACGAUGAGCUGCCCCCGUACCAGACCACCGACUCCGGUCGGUUCCACUCUCUGGAUAUCGAGCGGAUGGGCGGUCUGAAGGAGAAGGGAGAAAUGAAGAACUACUCCUAA